AUGAUCGAUGCACUUAUGGUAACCACAGUUGACUAUCAUUCUGCGCACUCUACUUACUCCCAAAAGCUAUCUCCCGAGGCUCAGAGCGAUCGUUUAGCUGCAGUUGACUCUUCACUUUCUAUUGCCUUGGCUUUGCAACAAGCUGAAGAGACUCAUCAAUUUUCCAUACUUGAGUCUAUUCAAUCUGCCAACAUGCGUAUGGAAGAGUUGAAGAGAGAACAAGAAUAA